AUGAAGAAAUUAGAGAAGCUGUUCUUCAAGUGCACAAGGUGGCAAGUUGAAGAAACCACAGAUCUCAUCAACUGCCCUUACCAUUACUUCUGCGACAGCACUUACCAGGAAGACUACACUCUGGUCGUCGACUUUCUUGUGCUCCUCUUCAUCCUUACGUCGUUCUUCUCUGCCACUGUCUUCACUCUUCUAGAUUUCAGCCAGAGACCAACCUCGGCAGCUGAUCUCAGUAUUGGGAGAUUGAAGAGAAGGUAUCUGCUGCCUUCAGGUCCAAUUGCACUCCCUCUUGUUGUCCUAAUCUUGGCAAAUGGACAGAGGAUAAACACUAUGUUCCCCCUCUCACGCAUAGGACCAGCUCUCCUCCAACUCGUCUACAUUUCAGCUCUGGCUUUCAGAAACAGAGAUGAGAGCGACAUGAAGUAUUCGGUGCUCGAAGCAUCAACAAUUUCUGGGAUUCUGCAUGCAAGUCUGCACCUGGACUCAAUCCUGGUGGCUUACUACACAGGGCUGGCAGCUCUGAGGGAGUCCACCUUCUCCGGCCUCUGCGCCUCGUGUGUGUGCCGCAAGGAUGCACUGGUCCUCGGCGGGAGCCUUUCUGGCUACCGGGGCUGGUCGAAGGCCACAGUGUUGACAGCCAUUGCUAUUUGUUCCAGAAUGGUGUGCAGGGUCUUUGGGGAGGAAAGGUUGAGCUUGGCAAUCAGGUUGGCAGUGGAAGGUGUCAGCUGGGUGUUUGUUGCAGAGAACUCGAUUGGCCUGUUGAUGGGAGUUGCAGAUUGGAGCUUGCUUGAUUUGGUUGUGUAUGGAGGGAUCUGUUCUUUGAUCUUUCUCAAUUUCCUUAGAAUGGGCAUCCAUCUGCUUGCUUCCAUGGCAGGGAAGAAUGGCCAUCAGGCUGAAAAGAAGAAGGCUUUCUGGUGCCAUGAUGUGGAGAUGCAACAGUGA